ACAGGGGGGUGUGCUGGCCACGCCGUUGACAACUUCCCACGUACUCCGCCUGUACAGUACAGUACUAGGGGGUUCCUAAGGAUUCCCUAAUGAGCGAACGUCAUCGUCGACCGAGGGUGGAAGCGAUCACCGUCCAUCGCACUCUAGAGCGACCAUCCUCGCAAGCCGUAGCCCCCACCUAACAGACAAUCCCGCCAAUCUCCUAGGCUGAUCUUAUGGGUGCGAUUAUCGAUAAUUUACUGCAACCACUACUAGAAAAAAACGACCCUAGCGACCCUGAUGGUGGCCGACGACCUGGAUUCGAUCGAUGAUGAUGAAGCUUUUUGUCCGGCUACUCCGUUAUCCGUCCUAGGGAACUGUGAUAUGUAGCCUAGCUCUGCUCUGUCCUGUCGUCGCGCCGGCGCGAAUCGUUGGGUGAUGGGUGAUUGAUGGGCGAUUGAUUGAUUGACGGUGCCGAUGUAAGUCAGGUACCAGACGCGCUACUUGAAACCGUGGUUUUGCUGCAGCUUUAGUGUCCGUGAAAGAUACGUCCGGCGGAUAUACCACAAACUCUGGUACUGUACCUGGCCUAGUAGAGGCGAUUCUGGCGUGUCUACUACACGUUUGCGCUCUCUACUCCGUACAUCAUAGAUAGAUAUAGAUAGAUAGAUAGAUAGCAACCAGCCUGGCCCAGAUGAUCUAGAAGUGCCCACACACGAUGCUCUGGCCCGCCCUGACUAGCAUAGGGCUCGCUCUACAGAUAUGCCUACAUUCAGCUCUCUCCCCCCCGAGAUUCGCGCGCUGAUAUGGAAAGCGACAGUCGAGCCCCGCACCGUCGAGGUCCGCAUGCUCCCCCUUGAAAAAGGGAAGGGAAAGGCGAAGGUCCGGCACCUCGUCUCCCCAACGCCCGUGCCAGCGCCGCUACAGACCUGCCGCGAAGCCAGGGGCCUGGGUUUGUACGCCCAGGCCUUCGCGGAGGUAGAGGAAGUCGCGUGCGCCGAUGGGGGCGCGGAGCCGCGGUAUGUCUGGUUGAAUCCGGAUAUUGAUAUCGUGUCUCUUGGGCCGACGCGGAUCGGUUGGUUUAAAGCAGUGGCAGGUAGUAUCAGGCGGCUGCAGAUUGAGAGGGAGACUACGCGGGUGACGUUUGAGGAGUUAGUAGAGGUUUGUCAGUUUGAGAAUGCAGAGGAGAUUUGUAUUAUCUGUGCGGAUGGGAUGGAGGUUUGGCAUAGGGUUGCGGAGGAUCACUUCUGGCCUUGCGAGCUGGAGAAGGUCAUCUUUAUUGAUGCACUUGAUGGGAGGGUUAUGAAUAGCGUCGAGAUGGAUAGGGUGUUUGAUGAGGUGGCCGAGGAGAGGGAUAGGAUAUGGCGGUUGGGGGAGCAGGAGAGACUACAAUUGGAGGCCGGGCGGCAGUUGGAGGGGGAGCGGCAAUUGGAAGAUGAGUAGAGGAGCGGGUAAUGCGGAUUUAAUGGGCGGACUUGAGCGGACUUUGGAGAAUCCCAUCCAUCGCCAUUGCUGGAGAGAGCUGAGAUACGGAAAGUCUAGAGUCUAGAAAGUAUAGAAAAGCAGUACAAGUAUUUCUCAUGUACACAAAAUGCAUGUGCAAAUGAGGUAACCAGCAAAACGUGGA